GCAGGGCACGUUCAGUCAGUCAUGACUUGAAAGUCGUUUCAGGCAGCCGUUUUCCCACUGGCGACCCUCGAUAUAUUUCUUGACGAGCCACUCUCGUGUAUGAACUUCUGGUCUCUUGCCUCCUGCCAUACCUUGCACGGUCCGUUGACAACAGGACACCUACAAGGCCCACUCAUACGUCACUAACACCAUCACCACCAUGCCGACACCACUUGACAAUGCCAUGAGAUCCAAGAAUGCUGUGAUAGCGUUCUCGGCCAUGGUUACAGGCGCCGUGCUCUGGACAAUGUGGGGAGGAGAGAUAUUCCCUCGGGACACGGAUCCUACGGGUGAUCCCGAGACAUGGACCCGGGAGGAGCUGAGGAGAUGGCUAGCUGCACGGAAUUUGUUUCCCCAGGAGAAAGAUACUCGUGCCCAGCUUUUGGAAAGAGUCAAGGCGAAUAUGAGAUGACCACAUGCUUGCGCUUAGAAGGAAUAUUCAAGUUGAGCUUUUAGGCGAGCGCAAAUGGAUACUUCUCGGGAAGAUGCGACAAGGGACCCGAGAUCUGGACAUCGUGUCCCUUGCAUUCGCCUCUAUCCACCUGUAUUUUUGUUUCAAGAUUGAUUGGUAUAUAUAACUGCAUUUAAAUCUGCCGUAGCUCCAACGCGCGUUUCACAAAUGAAAUACAUUCCGUCUUGUCUUUUGACAGCACCUCAUGGU